AUGGCUUCGGAACAAGAGCGACAGGAACUCGACGCCAGGGCCAGACAAGGAGAGACGGUGAUCCCCGGCGGCACCGGUGGCAAGAGCCUCGAAGCCCAGGAGCACCUCGCACAAGGGAGAAGCCGGGGUGGGCAGACUCGACGCGAGCAGCUAGGGACGGAAGGGUACCAGGAAAUGGGGAGCCGAGGUGGGCAGACGCGGAAGGAGCAGUUGGGGAGAGAAGGCUAUCAGGAGAUGGGGCGGAAGGGCGGCCUCACCACCAUUGACAAAUCCGGGGGCGAGCGUGCUGCCGAGGAAGGAAUCGGCAUUGAUGAGUCCAAGUUCAGGACUUCAUCCGCAUAA